GUUUUGCCAGUGACUAUCUGCAUUGUUUCCAAUCUCAUAAAGUCGUUAAAAGAAAAACUUUACUUUUCCCAAACUUGUCCAUCCAUCUCAAAAACUGUUUUCUUUUACUUGCUUCCGUCUCUGUUAAGCAACUUCCUCUGGUAACAACCUCUAGAUUCUACUUCUCUCGAUGACUGAGCUCACCUCCUCGAGUCUACACUCCGAUGCUCAGAAGAAGCCCAGACUCUCCCCCGGAAACCCACCUCCUCCUCCUCCUCCUCCUCCCACCGAGACUGGACACGUCAGCAUCGCCUCCACACCUCCGUCUCCCGCCACCAACAACAACACCCGCAAAAUCUCUCUACUCCCACUCAUCUUCCUCAUCUUCUACCAAGUCUCAGGCGGACCCUUCGGGAUCGAAGACACCGUCAAAGCAGCAGGACCUUUACUAGCCAUCCUCGGAUUCAUCCUCUUCCCUUUCGUCUGGAGCAUCCCGGAAGCGCUCAUCACCGCCGAGAUGGGAACCAUGUUCCCGGAGAACGGCGGCUACGUCGUCUGGGUCUCCUCGGCGAUAGGACCUUACUGGGGGUUCCAGCAAGGCUGGGUCAAAUGGCUAAGCGGCGUCAUCGACAACGCUCUCUACCCAAUUCUCUUCCUCGACUAUCUCGAAUCCGGUUUACCGGUUAUCUCCCGUGGACUCCCACGCGUCGCUGCGGUUUUGGCGUUGACCGUCGCGUUGACUUACUUGAGCUACAGAGGUUUGAGUAUAGUGGGUGUAGCUGCUGUUGCUCUGGGAGUGUUCUCUGUACUUCCUUUCCUCGUGAUGUGUCUUGUGUCGGCAAAGGUUGAGCCUUUACGUUGGCUUGCGGUUAGCAACAAAGGCGUUGACUUUGGUUUGUAUCUCAACACUCUGUUUUGGAACCUUAACUACUGGGAUUCGAUUAGUACUCUCUCCGGAGAAGUUGAUGACCCGAGUCGAACCUUACCGAGAGCUCUGUUUUACGCUCUGCUUCUCGUUGUGUUAUCAUACAUCUUCCCGGUUAUGUCCGGUACAGGAGCGUUGCCUCUUGAUCGGGAGCUCUGGACCGAUGGUUACUUCGCUGAUAUAGGUAAAGCUAUAGGAGGGGCUUGGUUGGGUUGGUGGAUUCAAACUGCAGCUGCUUCCUCCAACAUGGGGAUGUUUCUAGCUGAGAUGAGUAGCGACUCGUUUCAGCUUCUCGGCAUGGCUGAGCGCGGGAUGCUUCCCGCGUUCUUCGCCGAGAGAUCGCGGUACGGGACUCCUUGGGUGGGGACACUGUUCUCCGCCUCUGGUGUGGUUCUAUUGUCGUGGCUGAGCUUCCAGGAGAUCGUGGCUGCCGAGAAUCUGCUCUACUGUUUUGGAAUGGUGUUGGAGUUUAUAGCGUUUGUGAGGCUGAGGGUGAAGCGUCCGGCCGCGUCGCGGCCUUUUAAGAUACCUGUAGGGGUUUUGGGGUCGGUGCUCAUGUGCGUUCCUCCGACUGUGCUGAUCGGUUUCGUUGCGGCGUUUUCGAACCUGAGAGUUGCGGGGGUGAGCCUUGCGGCUGUUGUGGUUGGGCUUGUGUUGCAGCCGUGUCUGAAGCAAGUGGAGAAAAAAGGAUGGCUCAAAUUCUCAGUCAGCUCUCACUUACCAGACCUGAUGGCUUGAGCAAGGUUUUGAUGGUAAAGACUGAAGAUGACAAACCUUUUGGUUUUACCCAGUUUUUAAGAAAUGUAGUUAAACUGUAGUUAGACACUUAAUAGAAAAUUACUGUAUAAAUGGAAUAUUCAGACAUUUAGACCUAAACCGAUUUUCAGGACA